AUGGGCGCGUCAAGGGGGAACUUAGGGCCUCGUGGAGGGCUGUGUGGAGACGUCUGCGUGAAGUCAUAAAUCCCCCCCCCAAAGGACGCCCACUGCCAAACCCCAAGUCACAACGUUGUCCGGGGCACCUUGAAGGGCUCGUGAAAGGUGGUCUCCUGAGAGGCGCAUCCAAGACGCCGUGAAGCUUGCCAGAGCCUGCACACGGGGACAGGAAUACAUGCUGGUGAAGCUCUGAGAGGAGGGAUUUGAUGGCGAGCGCUUGGGAUGUACAGAACCGCACGGGCUCCUUCAUCCCGGCAGGCCCAGGCUCCGAGGCCAGGCCCCGCGCGAGAGGAGGGGGCGCAGGAGGAGGAGGAGGAGGAGGGGGAGGCGGGCCACGUAAGGAGCGGCCCAAGAGCAGCGCCGGCCCCGAGUCCGCCGACAGCAGGCUCCACCGCAAGGCCCGCUCGGCCAGCCUGGAGGCCGGCACGCGGCCCCGGCGCGGUAGCGCUAGCGGGGAGUCGCCGGAGCCGGGCACGGGGGGGCGCCGGCGGGCGGAGCCCACGCCGGAGGAGGAGCGCGCCGGAGCGGGGGCCGCGUCGGCCCGGCCCGCGCGCAGCAGCGCCAGCGGGGAGUCGUCUGGGCCCGAGAGGCGAGGCGGCGGCGGCAAUGCGGGCCGCCCACGCAGCAGCUGCAGUGGGGAGUCCGCGGGGCCCGGGCGCUCGGGCCGAGAAGUCGCCGUCCUCGUCGUCGGCGUCGCGCCCGCGGUGCCGCCCGCCGAGCAGCGCGAGCGGGGACUCGUCCGGCUUGGAGCAGCGGCGGGAGCCCUCCUCGUCGUCGCCCGAGGUCCUCGAGCCCUCCUGGGCGACGGACGGUGGCGGCGACGACGACGACCCGGCCGCCACCGCGGACGCCUCCGUCACAGCCCUCGCCAGCUUCGGCGAAGACGCACGCAUGCAGUUCGCCAACAGCCGCCUGCACCUCAACGAGGAGGACGAAGAGGAGGAGGAGGAGGAUGAAGAGGAGGAGCCGGAAGAGCUAAAAGAGGAGUGUCACUACGACGUGGGUGCGGUGGCGGCGGCGGCGGCGGCCGCGGCAGACUCCGCGCCGCGUUCGGCCUCAAAUCGCACGGCCGGCGGCAGUCCGGACGGGGCCCGGGCGGCACCGCUGCCACUCCCGGAGGCCAUGGAGAGGGAGUUCGCGGUCGGGAUGCACAUGCAGCGGAACCGCACCUCGGGGGGCUUCCUGGAGGGCCUCUUCGGGUGCCUGAGGCCCGUGUGGAGCAUGCUGGGACGGGCGUACACCACCGAGUACAAGGUGCAGCAGGCAGACGCGUGGGAGGUUCCCUUUGAGGAGAUCUCGGAGCUGCAGUGGCUGGGCAGCGGCGCGCAGGGCGCCGUCUUCCUCGGCAAGUUCCACGGGGAGGACGUGGCCAUCAAGAAGGUGCGCGAGCAGAAAGAAACCGACAUCAAGCACCUGCGCAAGCUCAAGCACCCCACCAUCAUCGCCUUCAAGGGGGUGUGCACCCAGGCUCCCUGCUACUGCAUCAUCAUGGAGUACUGUGCACAGGGCCAGCUGUACGAGGUGCUCCGCGCUGGGCGUAAGAUCACCCCGGAGCUCCUCUACCGGUGGACCACGGGGAUCGCGAGCGGCAUGAACUACCUGCACCUGCACAAGAUCAUUCACCGGGACCUGAAGUCACCCAACGUGCUCAUCACACACGACGACCUGGUGAAGAUCUCGGACUUUGGGACGUCCAAAGAGCUGAUGGACAAAAGCACCAAGAUGUCGUUUGCGGGAACUGUGGCCUGGAUGGCUCCGGAGGUCAUCCGCAAUGAGCCGGUCUCUGAAAAGGUGGACAUCUGGUCUUUCGGCGUGGUUCUGUGGGAGCUGCUCACAGGGGAGAUCCCGUACAGAGACGUCGACUCUUCGGCCAUCAUCUGGGGCGUGGGCAGCAACAGCCUGCACCUGCCUGUGCCCACAUCCUGUCCCGAUGGCUUCAAGAUCCUCCUCACACAAUGCUGGACAGGCAAGCCCAGAAACCGUCCCUCGUUCCGGCAGAUCUUGCUGCACCUGGACAUUGCGUCAGCUGACUUGCUGUCCACACCACAGGAGACGUACUUUCAGUCCCAGGUGGAGUGGCGCGAGGAGGUGAAGAACCACUUUGAGAAGAUCCGGAGCGAGGGGGCGUGCAUCCACAGGCUGGACGAAGAGCUCAUCAAGAGGAGGCGAGAAGAGCUCAGGCACGCUCUGGACGUACGUGACCACUACGAACGCAAGCUGGAGCGAGCCAACAACCUCUACAUGGAGCUGAGCACCAUCAUGCUGCAGCUGGAGGUGCGGGAGAAAGAUCUUGUCAGACGAGAGCAGGUCCUGGAUAAGAAGUACCCGGGCCUCUACAAGCGCCACGGGGACCGGCCCGCCCUCCGCCCCAAUGCUGUGGAGCGCCUCAUCAAGAAGAGGUCAACCACCGGCAAGGGGGCCCAGUACACCCGCAGGCCAGAUCUGCUGCGAGCCGAGGUGAUCUCCCGCAGUCUGGACUCGGUGCCCGUCCACCUGCCCUCCAGCCGCGGCAAGUCCCAGCUGCGCGGAAAACCUCGGCCCAAGCGCCCCUACGGUCGCAGCUGGCACGCCGACUUUGCCUGCAGCCCGAAGACGAGUCCCAUCCGCGAAGACGAUUACGACGACGACGAUGACGACGACGACGAUGACGACGACGAUCGUAAUGCGGACAGCCGCAUUGCUCCUUGUUCCGGGGAGGACACCUCCGACACGCGCCGUGCCGCGCUGCGUUACUUCGGCUCGGGUGCGGCACUCCGGAGCCCCGCGUCGCUGAGGCUGCCCGGCCGGCUGGUCGGCUCCAGCCCCGACCUCAUCUGCUCCGUGUUGGAGUCGGAGGCGCGGCGAGACGCGGCCGCGGGCGAUGGCACCGUGGGACGGGCGGCAGCGGGCUCCUGUCAUUCCUGCGAGUCGCUCAAGAAGAGCAGGAGCCUGGAGGGGCGCCUGGACGGAUACUGCGAUGGGAACGAGACGGCGAAUGUUGCGGCGCGUUCGCCUGAGCGUGCCGCCAUCGCCGCCGCCGCCACCACCUCUGCUGCUGCUGCAUCGCAGGAGGCGGUAGACUUGAGCCCCGUGAUCAUCGCUAAGAGGGGCCAGAGUCCACGGAGUCCGCGGAGGCUCCCGGCUGACCGGCACAGCCCGCUCGUGCUCGCUCGCAAGUCUUGCACCAGCGGCCGGAAAGAGCGCAGAUUGGGUGCGCUGGACUCCUCGGAGGAGGAGGGAGAGGUGGACAGUGAAGUGGACUUCCCACGCAGGCAGAGGCCGGCGCGCUGCGUAAGCAGCUGCCAGUCGUACUCCACCAUCAGCUCCGAGAACCCCUCGGCGUCGGACGGCGAGGAGGGCAACACGAGCGACCGCUCGCCGGGCGCCACCACGGACUCGCGCACCGGCCCCACGCCGGCCCACCACAACCACCGCCGCCGCGGCGGCGCCGGCCUGGGCUCGGGCUCGGGGUCCGGGUCCGGGUCAGGGUCGUCCCGGAAGGGCCGCGUCUCCCCUGAGCCGCCGCCGGGUCGCCGCACCCCCGACCUCUCCUUGGACGCCCUCUCGACCGCAUCGGACGGCCUCUCGGAGAAGGAGCGCGUCGUGCGGCGUGUCAAGACGCAGAUCUCGCUCGGGCAGACGGCCGCCGCCUCGCAGGACCACUUUGCGGAGAAUACGAUGCAGUUUGAAUUCUCCGACGGAGAGGGAUGCCCCGAAUCUGCCACCGCGAAGGGGUCCGGGUCUUCUGCAACUUGGUGAAGCCUCCCCUGAGCCGGGCAGCCUACGAGACCAUCGAUUACUGCUGCCUGUGGCUGCACGGACCGACUGCUGUCAUUAAUAACAUUCACGAAUGCACCUGGAUAACAACGGGAGAUUGUUAUCCAUGCAAGUCACCGAGGAACGGCAAGGAACGGCAAGCAGAUGGAGACGUUUUCGGUUUAUCACGGGCACGUGUCCGAUGGGGAUGCCAUCGUAUAGAGUAUGGCUGACCACGCCGCGCCGCUUAAAUGCCGUGCCGCUUCAAACCCCACGAUGCUCUCGGCAUUGGCCAAGCUGGUACACGUCUCGCACUGCAUUUCACAUCAUGACGGUUGCCAAGCGUCAGUCAUGCCCCCCCCCCCCUCCGCUAUAUAAUGUGUCACGCUCGCUAUGUAUAGCCAAAACGAUGGGCAUUUUGUCGUGAAGGGGUUUUUUCAGGGAUCGUAUACAAAACACACACAUGCAGGGCAUUGAUGGGAAGGGUGAAACACAUUGCGUGUUGUCCCCGAAUUGCGUUUAUUGGAAAACGGAGCUGAUUGUUUUGCCAGAGUUAUAAAAGUGAUGCUCGAUUGUAAUCUGUUAAGGGGAAAGCAGAUGAAUGUAUCGUAGGUUUGCUCCCUCCGCCGGAUGAAUCAGUCACGUAUAUGCCCUCAUCGUGCGAAUGCGAUGCAGUAUUGAACCCUAGCUCUGCGUGUGGAAUGAGGUGGUCGACGCUGUUCUCGGGCGUUGAAGUGGAGGACAUAAGAACUAUUCGAUGAAAAGAGGAAAAUUUUGCGCAAGUCCACGUCCACUCCUCAUUGGGUACAGCUGUUUCGCUGGAAGCGCAGAGGCAGUGUUCAGUUUUCAUGCAUGAGCCUUUGGCAGGAACACUUCGUGGAAUCUCCCUGGUAAUUUUUUUUUCUCUAAAGCUUGAACCUUGGAAGCUUUUCUGAACAAUACCACAAGGUGAACCCAAUAUAACAUUAUAUCGUCUUCACUAACCUGCUGCCAUGCCUCCCUGAAAGCAACCCCAUCUAUUCUCCCCUAGCCCAUCCUGCUGCUACUGCUACUCCCUGCUCCUGACCCCCAGCUAAGAUCAGGCCUACUCCAACCCCUAUCACGACCCCUAUCACUACCCCUAACCCUAUCACUACCCCAACCCCUAUCACUACAGCAACCCCUAUCACUACCCUAACCCAUAUCACAACCCCAGCCCAUAUCACUAUCCCAACCCCUAUCACUACCCCUUUCACUAUCACUACCCCAACCCCACUCACUACCUCAACCCCUAUCACUACCCCUACUGCUACUCCCUGCCCGCACCACCCAGCUACGACCAGGCUUACCCCAACUCUUCCUUAACCACUCCCACAUUUUCUCAUAACUCUCACCAUAACUAUACCGCCACUUUUAGUAAUAACCCCACUCUUUAUCCCAAGCACUAUCAUCUUAUGUACAAUUUUAUAGUUGUCGUACAGCCCCUUGGAAUAAGAUGCUGCUAUAUAAAUAUAUAUAAGAUAGAUAGUUGGGAUGUUGCCACAGUGGUGUAACGGUCAGCACACUGGACUUGUGAUCCCAGAGGUCACCGGUUCAAUCUCCCGGUGUGGCAGUUGAAACAAUGGGGCAAGUUUCUUAAAUCACCCUCCAUGGCCUUGGUCCACCCUGCAGUGCAAACGGAUGCGUUUAUUGACAGGUUUGCGUGUGGUGGGGUAAAGUCUGGGGACUCCCACCUCUUCCAAGACGUCUGGCCCGCGCAUAAGCGUAGGCCAAAACACCAUCUCCAGAAGGGCUCUCCAGAGCCUUCCGCCAGCGGUAGCGUUGAGCAAGACAUGGCAGAACUGUGCUUUUACCUGCGUGUAUUGUUACUACUCCGUUGACUCUACAAGAGUUAAAAGAUUGGUUGAGGAAUUUGAUAUUCACCCAACCCUCCGUGCAAAGGGGAGGGGGGGGGGGUCCUGUCGGUCAAAUCUGGGGCCAUGUGGUUGCAGGAUUGCUGCUGGGUGAAACCUGUCCACAGUUAAAGAUCCUGAAAUUCCAAUCUUCUACUCAUCGUUGUAAAUAGCUAUCAAACAUUGGUUCUCGUCAAAUGCUUUGUUUCACCCGUCAUCAGAGGUGGUGCUGCUUUCCUGUAAAAGCUAACCCAAAUCCUGUGAAAAUGCAUUGGGGAAAAAAGGUGUAUAAAUAUAACGUUAAAUACGGAGCCAAAAUAUGCUUCUUCGUUGGGUGUUCAAAUGCAGUCUAAACUCGUGUCACAUGUCCAUUACAUUUAAAUGCCAAUGUUUACAACUUUGCAUUUCUACAUUCAUCCCACUGAACCCAUCCUCUGCACUCACAUGAUCACGUUGAGGUGAGCCAGUGGAGGCCUUGUAUAUACAGCCUCGUGUCAGUGCUCGUGCCGCUGCUUCGUUGUCGGUGUUGUCAAGACUUGGCAGCUCCCUUUGUCGGCAACAUUUGUAACGGAAACAAUCAAUGGCAGAAGCAUCCAUAUGCAAGAUGCAAAGUAACACAAAUCCACGACAAUAUGCGUAGAAAUAUCUCGUCUGGCUACAUUUCUUUCACCCCGAUCAUCAAAAACAUUCACCAACCUAGAAUAGUGGUCGGAUGACUCAAAUUAUGAUAUUGACCCCUUAGAAUAUAAUUAAUAAGCUAAAGAAGAGUCUGGUCUAACUGCUCUACCAGUCUAAGCAAGCCAAAACAUAAUAAUCCAGAGUGCAAGUGCAGUUUGUGUGCACCAGUAGUGUGAACAUAAACGUUUAGAUAAAUCCACACCAAAACACACAGAUGAUGUCCGGCGGAUAUUUACGUAAAAUUAGUUGUCACCCGGCUGUCGGGCAUGAACAACGAGAAGCUUAGCGCCAGAUAUGCUGAAGGGCGACAAGAGCGGUGCUUCCCAACCUGAGGAAGCACUUUCCACCCUGGGCUGCGCAGCAUCAGCAAGCAGCAGCACUGUGUGGGUGGCAUUGCGUUAAACCUUUUCACUGGCGCGUGGGCUGGCACAAAUGCACUGCUGUCGAGUUGUCCAACAAAGCUAACUUGCCUUUAGAAUGCAUUCCACGUGUGAGCAUAGCCAAUGAACAUAGCCAAACAAAAUGUAAACGUAUUUUGUUUGUUUGUACAUUUAAUUAGCGUACGUAAAUUUCAGUUUAUAAACGUUCAUUUUUGUUGUUGUUGUUGCUGUUGUUGUUUACAAUCGUUCAUACAUCAUCUUCUCCGAGACUGAAUUGGACACAAACAUUGCUAUUUUGUGCGAGUAUAAAGUUAUGCAUUGUGUACUGUUUCAUGUUUUUGUUAUAUUUAUGAAUCAAAUAAUCCUGGGGUGAUUUAAAUUUGCGAUGCUAUAGUCGGACAACUUGACGACGUUUCUUGAUGGGCUUCUCUUACACACCAUUCGCUUUUGUGCCCAGUGGCCACAAACUAAAGUAGCGUUUGUCUACACAAGAUGUUGCAUUACAGUGGCCAGAUAAACAAACACAAACAUCCAGGGCUCCGUUGCCCAUGGAUUUGUCUGGACGACUUUGUUGUGAGUUGUCUCCAAGUUCACACCACGUUUCACACGUAUUAGUUGGGAGAGGACGGGGUGACGGUUGUAAACUUUGGAUGUUAAAUUCACGAAUGCAUCUCGUUCUGGUAAGUGUGGGUUUCACUUAAAACACCCAUUGUAUGUGCCGUACCACAUCAAAACCAUACGGGCUGCCGGUGAAGUGCAUUGUUGUGUGUAUGGCUUAGCAAUUUAUAUUCGCGUCACUGUAAAACUCUUUCCUUUUUGAUUUAUGCACGCGGAACUGCAGGAGUUGCUAAACAUCAGCAAUGCAAAUUAAAGCUGGUGCAGGAAUUGUGAUGGAAGAUUUUUCAUUUGGAGGUUUGUUUUUAUAUAUAUGCAGUAUUUUAUUUAGUAGCUGGCCUACAUGUUGGAUGAUAUAUUUGACACUUCAACCUAGUACCUCUUUAGAACAGAUUAUGUGCGUAGCUUUAAGAUUUUUAUUGAAUUUUUUCACUCCAAAUAAUUUAUUUUAAUUAUUUACAGGUCCAAAAGGGUCUUCCAAAUUAAUUGUAAGCAUUUCUUCGGAAAGGCCGAAAGUUACAUUUCUUUAUUUUUUUUGUUUUAUUCGCAAUAUAGACAUGAUAGUUGUACAUAUCUGAGCACACACGACUGUGAAUAUGUGUUAAAUAUUUGUGAACAGUAUGUCAGAUGGCCCAAAGAAAGAGUUGGAAAUAUUUUGCAUGACAGAAUAAAACUAUGGUUCAGAA